AGACUAUAUUUUUUAGCCAUUUCUAUCCCAUCACUAAGUGGACAUACAACCCCGGGCUUCAUAACUAGACGCGCCUGCAGUUAUCUGGUGCUCAUUUGAACGUUUUCAUCGCUGCUCCAUUCAUCAACCUGCGGAGAGCAUCGAUCCGUUCCUCCGGCGAGUCAUGGCGAGAGAUCCCGAGCGGAGCAGCUGCCUUCUGCGCGAUCUACGGCAGCGAGCCGGUAACGAGCUGUGCGCGGACUGCGGCGCUGCAGAGCCGGAUUGGGUGUCUGUGACGCUGGGUGUGUUCGUGUGUCAGGGAUGCUCGCUCAUCCACAGAAGCAUCGAAAGCCUCAGGCAGGUGAAGUCUGUGCUGCAGGACACAUUUGAAGAUAAAGAAAUCGAGUUGAUCACGUCUAUGGGGAAUGAAGCAGCAAAGGCCAAGUACGAACAGCAAGUUCCUCCGUUUUAUCACCGUCCCUCCCACACAGACUGCAGGAUUUUGAGGGAACAGUGGAUCAGAGCCAAGUAUGAGAGACAGGAGUUUAUACACAUCGAGAAACAAGAGCCUUAUUCAGCAGGGUACAGAGAGGGCUUUCUGUGGAAACGUGGUCGAGACAAUGGGCAGUUCCUCAGUCGCAAGUUCAUUCUGUCUGAACGAGAAGGAGCGCUGAAGUACUUCAACAAGCAGGACGCAAAAGAACCAAAGGCCAUAAUGAGGAUUCAAACCCUAAAUGCUACUUUCCAGCCGGCUAAAAUAGGAAACCCCUGCGGCCUGCAGAUCACCUAUCUGAGAGACAACAGCACCAGGAAUAUCUUUGUGUACCAUGAGGACAGUAAGGAAAUGGUGGACUGGUUCACUGCGAUCCGGGCAGCACGGUUUCAUUACCAGAAGGUGGCAUUUCCUGGAGCUAAUGAUGAGGACCUGGUACCCAGACUCACAAGGAACUUCAUGAAGGAGGGUUACAUGGAGAAAACAGGCCCAAGGCACACAGAGGGUUUUAAGAAGAGAUGGUUUACCAUGGAUGAUAGAAGACUAAUGUACUUUAAAGAUCCCUUGGAUGCAUAUGCACGUGGCGAGGUGUUCAUCGGCAGUAAAGAGAACAGCUAUACCGUGGUAUCCGGACUGCCGCCCUCGAUCCAGGGAUACCACUGGAAGUACGGGAUCACCAUUGAAACCCCGGACAGGAAGUUCCUGUUUGCUUGUGAAACCGAAGCAGAGCAGAAGGACUGGAUCGCUGCCUUUCAGAGAGUCGUCAACCGCCCCAUGAUGCCGCAGGAGUACGCAGUUGAGGCUCAUUUCAAGCACAAGCCUUGAUGCUGGCUGUAAACCUGCCUGUGUGUGUGUGCGUGUGUGCUGCAGGCGGGACGGACUGCACGAUGAACAGCUAUUCUGUCCAAUGAAGCGCUCCGGACUGAGCGAGUACAAGAAACGG